UGUAACUUCCUCAUUCCCGCCUGGACCCCCUGCCCGGCCCCCCUGGCCUGGCGUGAGCCCGGCAGCCCCGCGCUCUCUGGACCACCCGGGGCUGCUUCCCGGCACAGCUGCUGUGCAGCCCCAGGUCGGAGCCUUCCGGGCCUGGCUGGGUGUUCCCCGGGGCUCUGGUUACGGGAUGGGGCGGGGGCUAGGGACUGGGACUGGGAUUACGGAAGAGGGAUUAAGGAUGACGGCGACCCCUGAGAGCCUCUUCCCCACUGGGGGCGACCUGGACUCCAGCCAGCUCCAGAUGGAGUCCGAUGAGGUGAACACUCUGAGAGAGGGAGAGGACCCAGCCGACCGGAUGCACCCGUUUCUGGCCAUCUAUGAUCUUCAGCCUCUGAAAGUGCACCCCUUGGUGUUCGCAACUGGGGUCCCUGUCACAGCCCAGGUGGUGGGCACUGAAAGAUAUACCAGCGGAUCCAAGGUGGGAACCUGUACUCUGUAUUCUGUCCGCUUGACUCACGGCGACUUUACCUGGACAACCAAGAAGAAGUUCCGUCAUUUUCAGGAGCUGCAUCGGGACCUCCUGAGACAUAAAGUCUUGAUGAGUCUGCUCCCUCUGGCUCGUUUUGCCGUUGCCUAUUCUCCAGGCCGAGAGGCAGCCAACAGAGAGAUGCCCUCUCUACCCCGAGCAGGUCCUGAGGGCUCCACCAGACAUGCAGCCAGCAAACAGAAAUACCUGGAGAAUUACCUCAACCGCCUCUUGACCAUGUCUUUCUAUCGCAACUACCAUGCCCUGACAGAGUUCCUGGAAGUCAGUCAGCUGUCCUUUAUCCCAGACCUGGGCUGCAAAGGACUGGAGGGGAUGAUCCGGAAGCGCUCAGGUGGCCACCGAGUUCCUGGCCUCACCUGCUGUGGCCGAGACCAAGUUUGUUAUCGCUGGUCCAAGAGGUGGCUGGUGGUGAAGGAUUCCUUCCUGCUGUACAUGUGCCUCGAGACGGGCGCCAUCUCAUUUGUUCAGCUCUUCGACCCUGGCUUUGAGGUGCAGGUGGGGAAACGGAGCACAGAGGCACGGUACGGCGUACGGAUUGAUACCUCCCACAGGUCCUUGAUUCUCAAGUGCAGCAGCUACCGGCAGGCACGGUGGUGGGCCCAGGAGAUCACUGAGCUGGCACAGGGCCCUGGAAGAGACUUCCUAUAUCUGCACCGGCACAACAGCUACGCCCCACCCCGGCCUGGGACCUUAGCCCGGUGGUUUGUGAAUGGGGCAGGUUACUUUGCUGCCGUGGCAGAUGCCAUCCUUCAAGCCCAAGAGGAGAUUUUCAUCACAGACUGGUGGUUGAGUCCUGAGGUUUACCUGAAGCGUCCAGCCCAUUCAGAUGACUGGAGACUGGACAUUAUGCUCAAGAGGAAGGCGGAGGAGGGUGUCCGUGUGUCGGUUCUGCUGUUUAAGGAAGUGGAAUUGGCCUUGGGCAUCAACAGUGGCUAUAGCAAGAGGGCACUGAUGCUGCUGCAUCACAACAUAAAGGUGAUGCGUCACCCAAACCAAGUGACGUUGUGGGCCCAUCAUGAGAAGCUCCUGGUGGUGGACCAAGUGGUAGCAUUCCUGGGGGGGCUGGACCUUGCCUAUGGCCGCUGGGAUGACCUGCACUACCGACUGACUGACCUUGGAGACUCCUCUGAGUCAGCUGCCUCCCAGCCUCCCACCCCGUGCCCAGACUCAUCAGCCACCCCAGACCUCUCUCAUAACCAAUUCUUCUGGCUGGGCAAGGACUACAGCAAUCUUAUCACCAAGGACUGGGUGCAGCUGGACCGGCCUUUUGAAGAUUUCAUCAACAGGGAGACGACACCUCGGAUGCCAUGGCGGGAUGUUGGGGUGGUCGUCCAUGGCCUACCUGCACGGGACCUCGCCCGGCACUUCAUCCAGCGCUGGAAUUUCACCAAGACCACCAAGGCCAAGUACAAGAUUCCCACAUACCCCUACCUGCUUCCCAAGUCUACCUGCACUGCCAACCAGCUCCCCUUCACACUCCCAGGGGGGCAGUGCACCACUGUGCAGGUCUUGCGGUCGGUGGACCGCUGGUCAGCAGGGACUCUGGAGAACUCCAUCCUCAAUGCCUACCUGCACACCAUCAGGGAGAGCCGGCACUUCCUCUACAUUGAGAAUCAGUUCUUCAUUAGCUGCUCAGAUGGGCGGACAGUUCUGAACAAGGUGGGCGAUGAGAUUGUGGACAGAAUCCUAAAGGCCCACAAACAGGGGCAGUGUUUCCGAGUCUACGUGCUUUUGCCCUUACUCCCUGGCUUCCAGGGUGACAUCUCCACAGGUGGUGGCAACUCUAUCCAGGCCAUUCUGCACUUUACUUACAGGACCCUGUGUCGUGGGGAAUAUUCAAUCCUGCAUCGCCUCAAAGCAGCCAUGGGAACAGCAUGGCGGGACUAUAUUUCCAUCUGUGGGCUUCGUACACAUGGAGAGCUGGGCGGACACCCAGUCUCAGAGCUCAUCUACAUCCACAGCAAGAUGCUCAUCGCAGAUGACCAGACGGUCAUCAUAGGUUCUGCAAACAUCAAUGACCGGAGCUUGCUGGGGAAGCGGGACAGUGAGCUGGCCGUGCUGAUCGAGGACACAGAGACAGAACCAUCCCUCAUGAAUGGGGCAGAGUAUCAGGCGGGCAGGUUUGCCUUGAGUUUGCGGAAGCACUGCUUCAGUGUGAUUCUUGGAGCAAAUGCCCGGCCAGACUUGGAUCUCCGAGACCCCAUCUGUGAUGACUUCUUCCAGUUGUGGCAAGAGACAGCUGAGAGCAAUGCCAAUAUCUAUGAGCAGAUCUUCCGCUGCCUGCCAUCCAAUGCCACGCGUUCCCUGCGGACACUCCGGGAGUACGUGGCUGUGGAGCCCCUGGCCACGGUCAGUCCACCCUUGGCUCUGUCUGAGCUCACUCAGGUCCAGGGUCACCUGGUCCACUUCCCACUCAAGUUCCUAGAGGAUGAAUCUUUGCUGCCCCCACUGGGUAGCAAGGAGGGCAUGAUCCCCCUGGAAGUGUGGACAUAGUUGAGGUCCCUGUUGGGAAGAGGUCACCAGCUUCUGUGCCCCACUAGGUCAGGCUCCCUGCCCUUUAACCCCAAGGACUGAGGGCAGUGCCCUUUGAGAUCUGGGGAGGCAGGCAUUCCUGUAGGGGACUAGAGAUGUCACCGAGGACCCUUACUUGAGAAACAGCUGAAGAGGGCACUCCCAACCUUGGGCUAGGGAGGCAGGAGAGAGUUGCAGAGAAGCUCACCCUCCCUACUGCCCAGUGCAAACCACUUCUACAUGCUGCAGAGGAGAAGCACAACUCCUGCCAGGGUGAACAGGUUCAAGCCUCUUAUUCCAGGAGAAGAGGGCUCUGCCCAGGCCUUAGUAUCCAUUCUUCCCUUCUCCUCCUGCCCUUGAACCCCCUCCCUGUCCCAGGGCCUCUCCCAGCCCAGUGCUGCCAAGGUGGAGGGAAGGAGAAAGCCACUUCUGGCUGCAGCCCCCACCCAGGGAAGGAAGGAGGCACAUUAACUCCCUCCACUAGCCUGCUCACAGACACUUUGUAUCUGUUCAAUAAGCAUUUCAAAAAUAAAGGUGUAGAAAAGGUU